GCGCGGCGCGGCGCGGCCCCGGCGGACUCCAUUUCCCCGUGGUGCCCCCGCGGCGGGCGGCGCUGGUGGGGGCGGGGGCAGCUGCUGGCUCGGAGUCAGGCUCAGGCCGAGGCGGCGGCGCGGAGCGAGGCGAGCGGCCUGGCUCCGUCUUGCAGGCCCGGGCGGUGCUAGGCUGGCGGCGCCAUGUACAAUGGGAUAGGGCUCCCCACUCCCCGGGGCAGCGGCACCAACGGCUACGUCCAGCGCAACCUCUCGGCCGUGCGGCACAAAAAGGAGCGAACCGACUACAAGUCGGAGGAAGAGCUCAGGAAACUGGAGUCGUCUCUGGUCAAGAAGCCCAACCAGGAGAUCCUGGACCAUGAGCGCAAGCGCAAGGUGGAGCUGAAAUGCCUGGAGCUGGCCGAGCUCAUGGAGGAACAGGGCUACGCCGAGGGCGAGAUCCAGGAGAAGGUGGCGACUUUCCGGCUCAUGCUCCUGGAGAAGGACGUGGCGCUGGGCAAGGAGGGGGAGCAGCAGCCCGAGCAGAAGCCAGCGGUCACAGAGACCCACCAGCUGGCCGAGGCCAACGAGAAGAAGAACGAGCGGCUGCGGGCGGCGUUUGGCAUCAGUGAGAAUUACGUGGACGGGAGCUCGUUCGACCCCAACCGCAGGGCCAAGGAGGCGGCCGCGGCGGCUGCCAAGCAGCAGGAGCAGCAGAAGCAGUACAGCCUGGUCCGUGAGUCCAGCAGCUCCCGCUCUCCAUCCCCCAAGCAGAAAAAAAAGAAAAAGAAGAAAGACAGAGGCAGGUCAGAGAGCAGAUCCCCUUCUCGAAGGGAGAGGAAAAAGAGCUCUAAGAAGAAGAAACACAGGUCUGAGUCAGACUCGAAGAAGAGGAAACACAGGUCUCCCAGUCCUAAGAGCAAACACAAAGCCAAGGAGAAGAAGAGAAAGAGCUGUGGGUUGAAGUCAUGCAGUAGCAGCUCUCUCCCCCUCCCCCCCCAGAAGCCGUCGUCUCGGCGCUCCCCCCGCCAGCGUUCCUCCUCCCCAUCGCCUGUCUCCGAGGGGAAGCAGAAGGACAAGGAUCGCCCCCGGCAGCCAGAGCGCAAAUCCACCCCUGCCCCGACCUCGGAGCGUGAGCCCCGUCCUCAACGCCGCUCCCCGUCCCCCGAGCCGGCCCGGGAGAGGGCCUCGUCCGGCCACAAGCACCCACCCUCCAAGGAGACCAAGUCCCCCCGUUCCUCCUCCCCGCCCCCCAAAAAGCCGGUUUCUGAUCGCCCCAAGAGCCCGUCCCUAGCGGCUGCCCCCUCGGCACCGGCCACCACCCGGAAGGCCCCCUCCCCCCGGCCGUCCCGCUCAGGUUCUGAGAGCGACGAAGACUCGUCCUCCUCUUCUCCUGAGCGGGAGAAGCCGGCCCUGAGCAGGCAGGAGAAAUCGAGGGGCUCCCAGCGCCGGGACCGCUCCAGUUCUUCCCCGGAGCCCUCCCAGCCUGCUAAGGCUGCCCCGAAGCCCUCGUCCCGGCGUGAGCGAUCCGGCACCCCGGCGAAGAGCGCCAAAACCCGCUCCCUCUCAAAGAGAGAUGCCAAGUCACGCUCCCGGACACCCCCUUCCCGCAGGGAGCGCUCCCGCACCCCGCCCCGCCGGGGAGGCCGUUCCCGCACCCCGCCCCGCCGGGGGGCCCGUUCCCGCACGCCACCGAGACGGGGCCGGUCCCGAUCCCGGAGCCCCCAGUGGAGAGGCAGGUCCCGGAGCCCCCAGAGGUGGGGACGGUCCCGUUCCCGCACUCCGCCCAGGUGGGGCAAAUCCCGUACGCCCCAGAGGAGGGGGAGAUCUCGCAGCCCUCAACGGCGAGGGUGGUCCCGCUCCAGGACGCCCCAGAGGCCUGGCUGGUCUAGGAGCCGGAAUACAGCAAGGCGGGGUCGGUCUAGAACCCCGCCCCGUCGAGGCAGGUCCCGGUCUAGAACCCCGCCCCGUCGAGGCAGGUCCCGGUCUAGAACCCCGCCCCGUCGAGGCAGGUCCCGGUCUAGAACCCCGCCCAGGCGGGGCAGGUCCCGGUCUAGAACCCCGCCCAGGCGGGGCAGGUCCCGGUCUAGGACCCCGCCCAGGCGAGGCAGGUCCCGGUCUAGAACCCCGCCCAGGCGAGGCAGGUCAGGGUCCUCUCCCAGGCGGGAGAAAUCACUGACUUCAGCCAGGAGGAGCCGCUCUGGGUCGUCAGCCGAGCGGAGGAAGAAAUCCAGGCUGCCCCUGCGGAGGAGCCGGUCGGACUCGUCGCCAGACGUGAAGCAGAAAUCCAGGAAAGUGUCAAGACGCAGCCGCUCCACAUCGUCCCCUCGACUACAGAAGAAAUCCAGGUCAUCGGCCCGGAGGAGCCGCUCUGGCUCAUCCCCUCGGCCAAAAAAGAAAUCCAGAUCAUCCCCUCGGAGGAGCCGGUCAGGGUCAUCUCCAGCGCCGAAGAAGAAAUCCCGAACGCCAUCCAGAAGGAGGAGAAGGCGGUCUGGAUUGUCUCCAGCACUCAAAAAGAAAUCCAGAUCACCGCCUAGAAGAAGCCGGUCCGGAUCUUCUCCAGAAGUGAAAAAGAAAUCCAGAUCGCCCCCAAGACGAAGGAGGUCUGGAUCUUCUCCACUGACGAGAAAGAAAUCCAGAUCACCACCGAGACGAAGUAGGUCUAGGUCCUCGCCAGUGUUGAAGAAGAAAUCUAGAUCGCCGCCGAGACGAAGCAGGUCUAGGUCCUCGCCAGUGUUGAAGAAGAAAUCUAGAUCGCCCCUGAGACGAAGCAGGUCUGGGUCCUCUUCAGUGGUGAAGAAGAAAUCCAGAUCACCGCCUGUGAGAGGCCGAUCUGGGUCGUCUCCAGCGGUGCGAGAGAAAUCUAGAUCGCCCCCGAGACGAAGCAGAUCUGGAUCAUCUCCAGCGGUGCGAGAGAAAUCUAGAUCGCCCCCGAGACGAAGCAGAUCUGGAUCAUCUCCAGCGGUGCGAGAGAAAUCGAGAUCGCCCCUGAGACGAAGCAGAUCUGGAUCAUCUCCAGCGGUGCGAGAGAAAUCGAGAUCGCCCCUGAGACGAAGCAGAUCUGGAUCCUCUCCAGAACAGAGAGAGAAAUCCAUGUCACCUCCUGCGAGAGGCAGGUCUGGCUCCUCUCCUGGGUUGAAGAAGAAAUCCAGUUCUCCUCCAAGGCAAAGUGGGCUUGGAUCUUCACCAGCCGUGGAAGGGAAAUCCAGAUCUCCUCCAGGGAGAAGCAGAUCUGGAUCCUCUCCAGAACUGAAGAAGCUGUCUAAGACCUCUCCAAGACACAGUGGUGCUGGGUCUUCUCCAGUGGUGGAAGAAAAAUCUAGUUUGCCUCUAAGAUGCAGCCAGUCUGGAUCCUCUCCAGAACUGAUGAAGAAAUCCAGAUCGCCACCUGCGAGAGGCAGGUCUGGAUCCUCUCCAGAACUAAAUGAUAAAUCAAGCUCCCCACUCCCAAGACAAAGCCAAUCAGGAUCCCCUCCAGAACCAAAAAAGAAAUCUAGAUCACCUCAAAGAUGUGUUAAGCCUGGUGCCUCUCCAGUGGUGAAAGAAAAAUCCAAAUCUCCCCAGCCAUGGCAAAGCCGAUCCGGAUCCUCUCCAGAAGUGAAAAAGAAAUCCCCAUCACCACCCAUGAGAGGGGCCUCUGUAGAGCAAGCAAAAUCCAGAUCGCCUCCCUCGCUGAGCGGAUCUGGAUCAUUGUUGACACUGAAAGGGAAAUCCAAUUCGCCCCCAAGACACAGCCGAUCCGGAUCCUCUCCAGGGUCAGGAAGCAAACUUGGAGCAGUUUCAAAACACAACAGGCCCGUGGUUUCUCCAGAAGCUACAGAGCUAGUGAGGAUUUUAGCAGGUCAGGUCAAGCCGAUGUCUCCUGAGGCAAAAGACAAAUAUGGAACGUCCCCAAGAAGGAGCAGAUUGGGGUCAUCCCCUGGCAUCAGAGAGAAAUCCAGAACACCUCCGAGCAGCUCGGAGUCUUCUCCAGAACGGGCAGAAAUAUCCCGAUCGCCUCCCAGGCCGCGAGAGAAAUCCCGAUCGCCUCCCAGGCCGCGAGAGAAAUCCCGAUCGCCUCCCAGGCCGCGAGAGAAAUCCCGAUCGCCUCCCAGGCCGCGAGAGAAAUCCCGAUCGCCCCCGAGGCCGCGAGAGAAAUCCCGAUCGCCCCCGAGGCCGCGAGAGAAAUCCCGAUCGCCCCCCAGGCCGCGAGAGAAAUCCCGAUCGCCCCCAAGACGCAGCAGGUCUGGCUCAUCUCCCAGGCCGCGAGAGAAAUCCCGAUCUCCUGCUAGGUAUGGCAGUUCCGGCUCUUUUCUGAGAUCUAGAGAGAAAUCCAGAUCUCCCGCAAGGUACGGCAUAUCCGGCUCGUCUCUAAGACUUCAAGAGAAAUCCAGAUCCACUCCAAGGCGUGGCAGGUCUGGCUCAUCCCCAAGACCUCGAGAGAAGCUGGGGGCAUCUCCCAGAAGCAGCCGCUCUGGGUCGUCUCCAGAGAGACCCAAGGGCCCGACGAGGCGUGGCCGGUCCAGCUCUCCCUCCAGAAGGGGGAAGUGGAGAUCUUCCCUGCGGCGAGGAAGAUCUGGGUCGUCGCCCAGGAGAACCCGGUCCCGGUCCAUCUCCAGACGAGGCAAAUCCAGAGGCUCCCUGCGGAGGGACAGAUCCAUCUCGUCGCCCGGCAGGAGCCGCUCGAGAUCCACCUCGCGAUUCUCCCGCCGCCGGGAGCGCUCGCCGUCCUCGCCUCGCCGUAGCAGAUCCCGCACGCCACCCCGCCGAGGCCGAGCGGGGUCCUCCCCCCGGCGCCGCGGCUCCCGCCAGCCCCGCUCCCGCUCCCCACCGAAACUGGAUGUCUCCCGCACCCCGGCCUCUUCCUAUCGUGGCCGCUCAAAAGCGUCGCCGGCCAGGACCCGAUCAGGCUCGGGCUCGCCGAAACGAACCGGGAGGAGGUCCCGCUCGCCGCCGGUGCUGGAGAAAUACCCCAAAGUGGGAGCGGCCGACAAGGCAGCACCAGGAAGAGCUGAAAAGACGUCACCCGUGGUGGCGGUGCCCAUCCGGCGCAGCCCGUCCCGCUCCCCGCCGGCGCCAGACGAGGCCUCCCCCAAAACCAGGAAAGCCCAUUCCCCUGCCCCCAAGAUUCACUCCCCGCGGCCGGAGGGGUCCCUGGGGGCGGUGAGGAACGGGGGUCCGGCGCCCGCCUGGACCCUGAACUCCUGCCCUGCGGCCCCUGGGGGCUCCCCGCCUGCCGGCCGCCUCCCCCUAGCCAAAGGGCCAGAGAAAGUCAGAUCUUCCUCCUCUUCCUCUUCCUCCUCCUCCUCUGCCUCCCACAAGGUGCCCAGCCCCCUGCCCGCCCCACUCCCGGUGCUGCCCCCCAAGGAGGAAGACAGGGAAGGCCCCAAGGUCAAGUCGGAGCCGCCAGCCCCGGAGGUGCCCCGGGAGCUGCUAGACAAAGCCCGGAGCGGAGUCCCCAAGCCGCUGGUGCCGCUGCCGGUGCCCCCCCGCACCCCGUCCAAAGAGAAGAGGAGCUCGUCCACCUCCUCGUCAUCCUCGUCCUCCUCCUCUUCCUCCUCCUCGUCCUCGUCGUCCUCCUCUGACUCCAGCUCCAGCUCCUCAGAGUCCAGCCACGACUCCCCAGCGAGCAAGGGGCCCGACCUGGAGACGGCGAAGAAAGAGCCCCCGAGCCCGGUGCAGAAAGAGCCGGCCCGCGAGGGGCGUCCCCUGGAGGUGGCCAAGCGGAAACGCCGUUCCCGAAGCUCCAGCAGCUCCAGCAGCAGCUCAUCGUCGUCCUCCUCCUCGUCUUCGUCCUCGUCUUCCUCCUCGUCCUCGUCCUCCUCUUCCUCGUCCUCUUCCUCCUCCUCCUCCUCGUCCUCCUCCUCCCCCAAGCCGGGGCCCCAGCCGCAGCCCAAGGCAGCCCCCAAGAAGCCCUCGCCCGAGCAGAGGCGCUCCCGGAGUCCCCGGAAGCCGAUCGACUCCCUGCGCGACUCUCGCUCUCUCAGCUAUUCCCCGGCCGAGCGGCGCCGGCCCUCCCCCCCGGAACCCCCUCCGGCCCAGCGGGACCGGCACAGUGACAAACCCUCCCAGAGGAGUCGAGGAACCAACAGCCGCUCCCCGGCUCGCAAGCGCAGGCGGGAAACGCCCAGCCCCCCCCACGCUGCCCGUCGCCGAGCGUCCCGGUCGCCGUAGCCCGUGGGGCUCCGCCCAGCCUCCAGCAGCAGCGCCCCCUAGCAGGGGCUCCGGCAGCAGCCUCCUCUGUUUCCAUUGGCUCCUUCCCUCCCUUCACCUCCCCCUCCCUCAUUGGUCGGCGGCUACGUCCCGCC